AUGUCGCCUCGUCGGUCUUCGCGGGCUCGCACCACCCAGCCAUCGCCCGCUCUUCUCCAGCACACCAAUUCUUCCAGCUCAAACAACUCUCACCCUCGUGAGCGAAGUACUCGAUUCCACCACAAAAAUAACUCUCCCCGUCGUUCCUCUGGUCAUCGCUCGCAGUCCAGCGACGACCAUGACGAGGAAGAUGUCGACGACGAUGAGGAGGAGGAAGAGAUAACUCGAUGUCUUUGUGGUCAACAAGAUUAUCCUGGUCUACCCCCGUCCCGUCGGGGCGCCCUCGGUCGCAUGGGUGUGAAACAGGAUGAGGGUGUGUCGGCGACAGAUGCAUCCGAUCCUCUGUCGGAUGAUCUUGGAAGCAUGUUCAUCCAAUGCGAUUCAUGCAAGGUAUGGCAGCAUGGCGGCUGUGUGGGCAUCAUGGACGAGGAGAAGAGUCCCGACGAGUAUUUUUGCGAGGAGUGUCGGAAGGAUUUACACAGAAUUCGUGGUGAGCCUAAUGGACAGCGGUCUUCUACCUACCUUCCCGUUGCCCCAGCGUCGUCACCCGCGCCAUCUUCCCGAGCCUCCUCUCGUGAGACAUCCCGACGGUCCCGAGACCCAAAGUCUCGGGGUAGCGAAGGCGCCUCGAAUCCCAAACGGCGGUCCACAAUGAAUAGCCGUGAUGCUGCCUAUGACGAGGAAGAGCUGAUUCGGCGGGCCAUCGAAGAGAGCAAGGAAGAGACCAAAAGUAAUGAGGAUGAAACAGCCCCUCGACUGAGCAAGCGGAGUCGGAGCGAAAGCGAAUCAGACAGGCGUGGCUCCAAACGCCCGCGAACCACUUCGCCUUCGCCGACUGUCGCUACAAAGCAAAGCCCUCCUCUAUCUCAGCCUCCCUCCGACGACGAGUCGAAGCCAAAACCCACAAAUGGCACACGGCGUCAGACCGCAGCCUCUCGCAAUCAGCGGGAGAAAGAGCCCACCAAAGAACCCGAGGAGCGCGAGCCUGAAGUACAAGAGGCUGGCGCCCGUCGGAAGGAACGAGCCACCCGACGUAAAGGAGACGAAUCCGAGAUGCACAUUGGGUCUCCGACGAAGACUGCGGCGCCAGCACCGCCACCUCCCGAGCCUGAGCCGACUCAGCCAAGCCCAAUUACGCCCACUCCGCAGGAAGUUACACCAGCGCGGCCCUCAACACGGAAGUCGGGUCGUCCCCCAGCUCGUCGUGGCGGUCGAGUGGGGCGGAACCAAUACACGAAAGACCGGGAUACGAAUGGCAACGGCACCGAGUCACCUCGACGAGGGCACUCGCACGAUAUCGCGAGUGACUCGCCUCGCCUUGGCUAUACCAAUGGGGCACACGCUAGCAGUGGAGACACAGGGCGACCGAGCAAGGCCCGCCACAUGCACCCGCAGCGCACGACGAUGAAUGAGAUGAAACGGCGCGUGGCAGCCAUCUUGGAGUUCAUUUCGCGCAUGCAGGUUGAGAUGGCCGUCAACGGGGAGAAUUCUCUGACUCCCACUGGCAACGGUGACCGGACUCAAGGGUUACUGUUGAAGAACAUGGUUGAUCAAAUUGACAAUGCUAUGGCAUCCACCUUCAGUGAAAGGGGUGAAUCCUUAACAGCGAUGACCGACGGCGAAGGCAGUGCCUCGUUGGCUUCGUCACAUGAAAAGGAUUUUAAAGAUCUGACGAGUGUUGAAAUGAUGGAUGUGCUCACCCGACACCUUCUCAAGUGGCAACAGGAAUAUGGCAAAUUCGGCGAGCGAUAG